AUGAAAAGUCAAACGUUAGAUAUUAAAUCAAUAACUCCAAGGUGUGAGUCAUUCCGUUCUUCUUUCUCGCCAUUUUCUGACGUUGAAAUUUCUUUGCCACCAAAAAUUUGCAAAACACCUGAGCCAUGGAUAAUGAUGAAAAAUCGUCAUAGAAGACUAACUCUUGAUGAGUUUUGUUUAUCCCCAAAUUCUCCAGAUGUUAUAUCAUAUGAUGAAAGUCAAAGAGUUUGUGAUACAGUUCUUCCUUCAGAACAAACAUUAAUAGGAGUAAGAACAAUUGAUCUAUCUACACUUAAACAAGUAAUAAAAGACCAUGUUUCUGUUGAAAUUAUUGAUUGUAGAUAUCCCUACGAAUAUAAUGCAGGGCAUAUCAAAGGUGCUUUGAAUCUUUGGAAUGAAGAUCUUUUAUUAAACCAUUUUCCAAUAGAAAAAGAUGUACCUCAAAGUCCAUCAAUUUUACUUUUUUAUUGUGAAUUUUCUGGAACAAGAGCACCUGCAUUAGCACGACAUUUCAGAAGAACUGAUCAACACAGUUGUAACCCAUAUCUUAUUUAUAAAGAAGUCUAUUUAAUAGAUAAAGGAUUUUGUGAAGUUUUUGAACAUUACAAUGAAAUAUGUGAAGGUGAGUAUAUAGAAAUGAAUGAUGAACGAUUUGUUAUUAAAAAAAAGGAAUGUUCUCGUAUUAUUGCUUAUAUAAGAAAGGGAAGACAAGUCUCUUCUCCUAGAUAUUCUAAUAUUACUCCAUUAUCACUUUCAGCUCCCUCAGUAUAA